UUGACGUUUGUAGUAAUUGGAAUUGGAUAGAAAAAUGUUUUCUUUUAAAGAAAAUUUAUAAAUUAAAAUAGGAAUAGUUCAAAUCUAAUUCUAACAUGGAUUCUGAUGAACACUCUACUCCGUCUCCUCCGCCACCCACAGAACCAGCUCCUAAACUACCUCCACCUUUGCCAGCUAGACCCUCGAAACCGACGUCACAACCCAAACCAGAGGAUCACUUUGAUGCGGACCCAGACAUCGACGACGAUGAUAUAUCGCAACAAAUGACCCAGUCGUACAGUGAAAUCUCUUUCAAAUCUGGACAUAGCCCGGAAAACGAGGUAUCUCUGCCGCUAUCUUUAGAUGCCUCGCCGCUUUUAGAGCAUAUCCGACAGAGGCCUAUGACAUUGCCUUGUGAGAAAAAUUUGCCCAGUUCUAAGCCUUUAGCUCCGUUAACUUUAGAAGGGACCGUACACGUCGAGGGCAACAUGACCCACUUUGUAACGGAGGAUUUGGAGCAUAAGAUAAGGCUUUCCAGUCCCGUUUCAAAAAAAGAUGCCCCCACAGGAGGCAGCAGCUCUAGGAUUUGCACGCCGAGUCCGCUAUAUAGGCAGCUGUUGGUGCCGCAGGUAGGACAAAUAGAUACCGCGCUAAUAAACGAUUUGGAAUGCGAGGCGCACAGAAUGGCCACAUCGAUAGAUAGCCUCAUUGAAAAUUUGUGCGGGAUAUUGCACUCUAUAUCGUCGAUAACAGCCGAUAAUGUGGAUGUCUACAAAAAUGCUGUUUCAAAAAUGUCCGAUGCAAUGGAUUCUAAUAUAAAGAGUAUGUACACAAUGAUGGCCAAAGCUGAGGAAGUAACACAGUCGAUGAAGAUCGUAGAGGGACAUGCCAUUAGAAUAAAAGAAAUCAAAAGGCUGGUGGACCUAUUUGAGAGCUUCAUUUAAGUUUAAAAAAUUGUUAUUGUUGUCUGUUUUUAUUCGUAUAAGGUGCUAGUGUUACAUUUAUUUUAGCGUUGUAAUUUUUUGCAGUUAAUAAAAAGUAUUUACAGUUUUUUUUUAAUUAAAGAUUUUGAGAUAAAUGAGGUUAGUAUUCUAAGUGAAAUUAUAUGGGGCAUUCCACGUCAAAUCGACCACUUUUAACCCUGACCCCUUUCGAUUUGGCUGAAAUUUUUUUAU